AUGCUGAAAGGCACAGUCGACUGCUGUUUGGUGGUUGGCCGCAAAAAGAUCGGGCGGGCACAAGGUCGAACGGACGGUGUGGAGGUGAGGGCCAAAAGGAACAUCGAGAGCCAGACCUUCUCGGGAAGCCGCCUAGAUAUGCGUCUAGCAAACCACAGCGCAGAGCACGCGCCAUCACACUGGGAGUGGGCACUGACAGCUCUGGGGUCACCCCUGGGAGCCGUGCCGACGGCAGCCAGUCAAGCUCAGCCAUCACCUCUUGCCCCUGGCCUGACGAGGCAUGAGGGAUCGACGACAUGGGUCAUCUGGUCCCCGGGGCUGGCGUCUGCGCCCUCUGAUAGGCCGGGCCUACGCACGCCGGCGUGUUUCGAAGUGGGACAAUAUCGAUGA